GAGAGCACAUGUUGAUCUGUGUUUGUGUGGAUGUGUGUGUGUCAGAAAGGGGCAAGAGCGUGUUUAGACAGUGCUGUCUAAAGAGGCAGCGCUUUGUUAUCUCCUCGUCUUCUCUCCUGCGUGGACACCAGCCUUACCACCUGGAACAGUCGCCUGACUGAAGCAUAGCUGUCGGGGGAGGGGGAGCUAUCCGUGUGUCUGUGUGUGUGUGUGUGUGUGUGUGUGUAUGUGUGUACAUGCGUGUGGGCGGGUGAAAGGGUGAGGGGCGGAGAGAUGAAAGGGCCAGGUGAGGAGGGCAGUCGGGUACCUCUCUCUCUUGCGUUUUGGUGCUAUCUCUCCCCCUCUUUUUAGCCCUCUCUCACUGGCACGCGACACUAACCCUGGACGCUCAAGAGAAGAUCCUCCCUGCUGGACCUUUCUGCUUCAACAAACGUCUGUAGCUUCAGUUCCAUUAUGUCUCAUUUGGAGCUGUCAGACUUUGAGCAAAUGGAGUAAGGACUUUAAUUUAAGGACUUUUAAGUGAAUAUUUGAAGAUGAAACUGGAUGUUGUGAUCCAAAUCUGCUCCAACUCCAGAGUGCAACCAAUCCCUUCUGCUUUACCACCAUGCCGUAACACUGCCAGAAUUCCACCGUCGAGCGGUGCUGCUCGAUCCUACUCUUCAGCAGGGGAGGAUGGGUGAUAGUCCCAUGAGAAUCACUUCCGCCCACAAUCCUCAUUCCAUCCUCUCAUGGAGCUUACUACCGCCUACAACACACUGUGGAAUGUCACCCACGCCACCUCUUGGCGUCCGAACUUGACCCAGCGCAACGCCUCAGUACUGAGUGAGCCCAGAGAUGGACACCUGCUCCAGACACUUGCCCUGUGCUGUAUGCUCCUGAUGGAUGUACUGGCUGUAGUGGGCAACUUAGCCAUCAUGACAGUCAUCGCCCGAACGCCUCGACUACGUAAAUUUGUGUUCGUCUUCCAUCUUUGCUUGGUGGAUCUCAUUGCGGCACUGGUGUUGAUGCCUCUAGGUAUGCUGUCAGGGCAGAGCUUUUUUAACGAGGCUCUUUGUCAGGGUUACCUGUGUCUCAGCGUGGGACUAAUCAGUGCUGCCAUCCUCACUAUCUCAGCCAUCAAUGUAGAGAGGUACUACUAUGUUGUUCAUCCCAUGCGCUAUGAAGUAAAAAUGACUGUGGGCCUGGUGGUUUCAGUUUUAAUUGGAAUCUGGAUCAAAGCCACCCUCAUGUCUGCAUUCCCAUUACUUGGCUGGGCACUUGAAAGAGAGGAGACUGGACCGGUGCUAGGGAAAUUUAUGGGCAAAAUCGCAGUACCAAAGUGCUGCUCGCUCCACUGGAUGGAUGGAGGGCCCCAACGACUGGUGUUCAUGGUCUUAUUUACCCUUAUAUACUUCCUGUGUCCAGUUCUUAUCAUUUUUGUGGUGUACUGCAACAUGUUUAAGGUGGCCAGGGUGGCUGCCAUGCAGCAAGGCCCAGUGCCCACGUGGAUGGAGACUCCUCGGCCACGUUCUGAAUCUCUGAGCAGCCGAUCAAGCAUGGAAGCCAGUCUUAACGGAGCUCGCACCACCCCUCAGAGGACUUUCAGUGGGGGCAAGGCUGCAGUGGUACUGGUGGCCGUGGGAGGUCAGUUCCUUGGGUGCUGGCUACCUUAUUUCUCCUUCCACCUGUACUGCACAGUUAUGCCUUCCUCUUUUGAAUCUCUCACUCGCAUGGCUCAACUGGAGGAUGUGUUCACCUGGAUUGGGUACUUUUGCUUCACCUCCAACCCUUUUUUCUAUGGUUGUCUGAACCGGCAGAUCCGGGAAGAGUUGGCCAGAAACCUGGCCUUCGUUUUCAAAUGGGGGCGUCCGGGGGAAGAGGAACAGCUGCCCAGCAGAGAGGCUUCUAUUGAGGAGAACUUUCUCCAGUUUCUUCAGGGCACAGGCUGCAAUAUGCGGCAGAGGAAUUCUCAAAGCAUAUCCAUCCCUCAACAGGAGGAGGAGGACAAUCCGCUCUCUAGCGAUCUCCACAGGCCAUCUGUCGACUUCCACAUUCCCGGACAGAUCAUGGAGGAGACCUCAGAGUUCAUAGAACACCAACACACAAACAAUCUUAAUAUAUCAGACAAUUGUAUCAAGACUAAAGCAGAACUACAAGGUUGAUAUUUUCAGACGUGAACAAUAUAUUUAAUAUAUCAUAAAUUGUUUCUAUGUUUUGCGAUCAAAUCUUUUUUAUACUCUGCCCAAGAAUUUGUG